UCACUUGAAACCCUUGAAGGCUGUUGGAGAUGUCCGAGUUCCACAAUCCCAAUAAAACUCACUCUAGUGAUCGUGGUCCAGACUACAUAUGGGAAUACGAAUAUUACGACGAUGAUGAACCAGUGUCUUUCGAAGGACUUAAGGCGCACAGAUACUCCAUUGUGAUCGGGUUCUGGGUCGGCCUGGCGGUGUUCGUCAUCUUCAUGUUCUUCGUUCUGACCCUGCUGACGAAGACCGGAGCACCACAUCAAGAGAACCCAGAGCAGUGUGAGAAGGGGGCUCGCCUGGCCAGCUGUGUGGUGGACAUCAGCCACCCCCAGGACUCCGGUAACAAAGUGUGCUCUCGCCCCCUGCUGGACGAGUCCCGCUCCCUCUUCCACUGCUACAUCAACGAGGAGGAGCAGGGCAGGGGCAGGGCCGGCGGCAGGAGAGGGCGGGGCCAGCUGGAUGGCAGGAGCUCCAGCAGCCCGGGGGAGGCGGCGGCAAGCUCGGACCUCCAGGGGGCGCCGUCGGGGCACAGGACAGACAGAGAGGCCAACUUCCUGGCGCACUUCAACAUCCCCAACUUUGUGAACUCCGAGCACAGCUCGACGCUGGGCGACGACGACCUGCUGCUGUGCGAGCCGCCGAUCAUACUGGACAGCGAGUCCCGUCCCCACAGUGCCCAUCACAUCCUGAGCUGAACCUCCGCCCCGCCCACCACGGUCCUGACGAAUGGCCGGCUGAAGCUCCGCCCCCACGGUACGCGUCACUUCAUUGGACGAACCUCCUCAGCGCCAAUAACACAUCAUCAGCAGAAGCUCCGCCCAUCUCAAUUCAUCACAUUGUAACUGUGCUUUCAUGCCGGGAGGUACAUCGGCAUUGCAUGACUCUUUAAAUACCCAGGACAGCACUCCUUACCUGAUACUGUUCAAAGCUUUUACAGAAGAAGAGAACACUUUUUCAUGGCUUUUUUUUCCAUGGAAACGCUGACAGUUCGGUGAAACCAUUGACUAACUGGCUCUGGAGACUCGUUGCCCUUUCUUUAUAAAUAAAAGCCCUCACAUCUUCUGUCUUAAGAACUCA